CUGCGCGAUGUGGAGCUUGGUGACCCGGUGCACGCGUGGAUGCGCGCGCAGACGGAGAAGAAGGAAGUGGCCGAGCGGGAUCAGGUCGCUCCGUCUCGAGAUUGUUUUUCUACUGCGUUGUUUGGCCCUCGCCGCUGCUGUGGAUCACACUGUGUGUGUGUGUGUGUGUGUCUGAAGGUCGUGGUGAUCGAUGGAAACAUGGAGGUGGUUCAUCAGAGCAACGUCCAGUUCGACUCCGAGUUACCUGAGUUCAGGACUGUGGGCGGAGUCCAUCUCCAUGACGACAGACUGACCGUCACGUCUCCGGUCCUCAUGUGGGUGAAGGCUCUCAACCUGCUAUUGGACAAGAUGAAGAGGGGGGGGCUUGACCUCACCCGAGUCAGUGCGCUGUCGGGCAGCGGCCAGCAACACGGCAGCGUCUACUGGAGACGAGGAGCCAGAGAGACUCUGACCCGACUAGACCAGGACCAGGACCUGGACCUGGACCUGCACCAGCUGCUGCAGGACUGUUUCUCUGUGUCCGACUCUCCGGUGUGGAUGGACUCAAGCAGCCAGAGGCAGUGUGACGCCCUGCAGGAGGCAGCAGGGGGCGCUGAGAGGCUGAGUCACAUCACUGGGUCCAGAGCCUACGAGCGUUUCACAGGAAACCAGAUCAUGAAGUUGCGUCAGACCCGAGCGGAGGAGUUCCAGGACACUGAGAGGAUCUCAUUGGUCAGCAGUUUUGCCGCCUCUCUCUUCCUUGGUGAUUACGCCGCCAUCGACCACAGUGAUGGCUCGGGGAUGAACCUGAUGGACAUCAACACCAGGAGCUGGUCUGAGAUCUGCCUGGAGGCCGUCGCACCGGGUCUGGCCCGGCUGCUGGGAACGCCGCUGCCCUCCACCUCGGUCCUGGGUCCCAUUUCCUCCUACUUCGUACGGCGAUACGGAUUCUCCCCCCGCUGCCAGGUGGUGACGUUCACUGGAGACAACCCAGCGUCUCUGGCAGGAAUGAGGCUCAAGCCCGGAGACGUCACUGUGAGUCUGGGGACCAGUGACACAGUGUUCCUGUGGCUCCAACAGCCUCGUCCUGCUCUAGAGGGUCAUGUCUUCUGUAACCCUGUGGACGGGCAGGCGUACAUGGCUCUGCUGUGCUUUAAGAACGGUUCUCUGACGAGGGAACGCGUCAGGAACCAGUUUGCUGGAGGUUCAUGGGAACUUUUCUCUGCUGCUUUGAAAGACACGCCACUCGGGAACCAUGGAAACAUCGGUUUUUAUUUUGACACGAUGGAGAUCACCCCUCCUGCCGUGGGAGUUCACCGCUUUGACCGGGACGACGCUGAGGUGUCCUCGUUCGGCCCUCAGGUGGAGGUGCGUGCUCUGGUGGAGGGUCAGUUCCUGUCCAGGAGACUUCACGCUGAGAGGCUGGGAUUCUCCGCCAGAAGCAGAGUGGUGGCGACAGGCGGAGCUUCAUCCAACAAAGAGAUUUUACAGGUUCUGUCUGAUGUGUUCAACACUCCAGUCUUCACCAUGGAUCUGUCCAACUCCGCCUGCCUGGGGUCGGCCUACAGGGCUGUGCACGGCUUGGUUGCAGAAUCCGGAGUUUCCUUCUUCGACGUGAUGAAGAACUCACCUGAACCACAGCUGGUCGCCUCCCCCCACCCUGCUGCACAGGAGGUGUACGCCCCCAUGUUACAGCGCUUCGCCCGAUUGGAGGAGAGAGUCCUGCAGCAGAGACGCACCUGAGCCUCAGCGACCAAUCAGAUCUUCAGAUGGAAAAUCAACACUCUCAGAAAUUAAACUGCUGAAAUAAUUUUUUAAUCAAAUUACUUUUGUUCUGAGGAUCAGGACUGAGGAUCAGGACUGAGGAUCAGGACUGAGGAUCAAGACUGAGGAUCAGGACUGAGGAUCAGGACUGAGGAUCAAGACUGAGGAUCAGGACUGAGGAUCAGGACUGAGGAUCAGGACUGAGGAUCAAGACUGAGGAUCAAGACUGAGGAUCAAGACUGAGGAUCAGGACUGAGGAUCAGGACUGAGGAUCAAGACUGAGGAUCAGGACUGAGGAUCAAGACUGAGGAUCAGGACUGAGGAUCAGGACUGAGGAUCAAGACUGAGGAUCAGGACUGAGGAUCAGGACUGAGGAUCAAGACUGAGGAUCAGGACUGAGGAUCAGGACUGAGGAUCAAGACUGAGGAUCAGGACUGAGGAUCAGGACUAAGGAUCAGGACUGAGGAUCAAGACUGAGGAUCGGGUUCUGAUGAGUUCACUCAUUGGUUUUCUUCAGAAAAACGUAUAUUUUCUGAGCUUCAGGAGCCUCUUCCGAGCAUUUAUGGUUACCAUGGUAACUUGUCAUGUAUAAUUUUGAAUAAACUAAGUGGUCACAUGA